CCCCUCCCCUUAAACUUAUUGUGACACAUUUCCUGCCCUGCUCUUUUCCACUUUACCUUGUGUGGGCCCUAUUUUUAGUGCGGCCCAGGGAAAUAGUCAGGCCGAGGCAGGAAAACUAAGUUGGGAAAGAAUAGGAGGAAGUCUGCUUGCCAUUCAGCCAAACAAUCUGUGGUCCAGCAGCAGUGAGCUGCGGUCCAGUACACGGAGAGCAAGGGAGCACAGAGGAAAGCACAGGAGAAGCUGGGCCUGUCACGGAAAACAUGAGAGAAGAUGCCCCGUACGCCGGCGUUUCUGGUGAAUGGGUCUGACUGAGAGUAGGCCAGUCCGGCUGCUUAGGUGGAUUUGAAUCGACCACUUGGUGGAUCCAGAUGGUCAUGCUAAACGUCCGCUCCAGCAGAGUCACCGGUCUUUGACUCAUCAAUUUGCGGGUCUGGUUUUAGCCCCGCCGUGUUCACAGUUUCUGCAAGACCUCCUGAGAAGGCUUUGAAUUCUGACCUCCAGGUGUGGAGCUGAACCAUGUGUUCUCCUGCUCGGGGGGCGUGAACCCGUCUCUGUUGUGAGAUGUUGCCCCGUGGGACAAUGGGACCAUCGACUCUGGGGAAGGCAGCCCCCCUUGACAUGCUACUGGAAGCUUGCAUCCAGUCUUUUGAUGACAAUGGGGAGCUGCAGAACAACCAACUCCCACGAACCCUGCUGCUGAUGCACCGCUGGUAUGUCACAUCCACAGAGUUGGCUGGAAAGCUGCUCAUGAUAUACCGUGACUGCCAGGGAGAGGAGUGCCAAAGGACAAGACUAAAGAUCUGUUAUUUAAUGAGGUACUGGAUUAAAGUGUUUCCUGCAGAGUUUAACCUGGAUCUGGGUCUUAUUCGCCUCACUGAGGAGUUCAGAGACGUGGCUGCUCAGCUGGGCUGUGAGGAGCACUUCAAACUCAUUGACAUCUCCACCAUCCCAUCAUACGACUGGAUGAGAAAACUGACCCAGAGGAAGAAGCAGGCCAAGAAGGGCAAAGCCUCCCUCCUCUUUGACCACCUAGAGCCUAUGGAGCUGGCGGAACACCUAACAUUCCUGGAGUACAAGUCCAUCAGGAGGAUAUCAUUCACAGACUACCAGAGCUAUGUGAUCCAUGGGUGUCUUGUGGACAACCCAACGCUGGAGCGCUCGAUUGCCCUGUUCAACGGCGUGUCCCAGUGGGUUCAGCUCAUGGUGCUCAGUAAGCUGACGCCCCAACACCGUGCUGAGGUCAUCACCAAGUAUAUCAAUGUGGCCCAGAAACUCCUCCAGCUCCAGAACUUCAAUACGCUGAUGGCGGUUGUGGGAGGUCUGAGUCACAGCUCCAUCUCUCGUCUGAAGGAGACCCAUUCUCAUCUGGCUCCCGAGGUCACCAAGAUCUGGAAUGAGAUGACGGAGCUGGUCUCCUCCAAUGGGAACUACUGUGCUUAUCGCAAGGCCUUCACCGACUCUGAAGGAUUCAAGAUUCCCAUCCUGGGGGUUCACCUGAAGGACCUGAUCGCUGUGCAUGUGGUCUUCCCCGACUGGGUGGACGACAACAAAGUGAACAUUGUGAAGAUGCAGCAGCUGUACUUUACCUUCAACGAGCUGGUGUCCCUUCAGAGCGCCGUAGCCCAGGUGGAACCCAACAUGGACCUCAUCUACCUGCUCACCCUGUCUCUAGACCUUUACUACACUGAAGAUGAGAUAUAUGAGCUAUCGUUGCUCAGGGAACCACGGAACCCAAAGUCUUUACCUACCUCUCCGACAACCCCCAACAAGCCAAUGGCCCCUCUGGACUGGGCUUCGGGUGUGACAACCAAACCUGACCCCAACGUAGUGAACAAGCACAUCAGGAAGGUUGUGGAUUCUGUAUUCAGGAACUACGACCAUGACCAUGAUGGCUACAUCUCUCAGGAGGACUUUGAGAGUAUUGCUGCCAACUUUCCUUUCUUGGAUUCCUUCUGUGUGUUGGACAAGGACCAGGAUGGCCUGAUCAGCAAGGAUGAAAUGAUGGCUUACUUCCUCCGGGCCAACCCCUUGCUUCAGUGUAAAAUGGGCCCCGGCUUUAUCCACAACUUUACGGAGAUGACGUAUCUAAAGCCCACCUUCUGCGAGCACUGUGCUGGAUUUCUCUGGGGAAUAAUCAAACAGGGAUACAAGUGCAAAGACUGCGGGGUGAACUGCCAUAAGCAGUGCAAAGAUCUGUUGGUGCUGGCCUGUAGGAAGCUGCUGCGCUCUGCCUCCCUGCGCAGCGUUUCCCCUGGAAGUCCUACCCACAGCUCUCUACCCAGCAGCCCUGCCAUGACCACCUGCAAAGGGGAGGACGAGGUGUUCGAGUUCCCCUCCGUGACACCCGGAGGUUCCGGCCUGGAGCACAAGUCCAUUACCCUGGUGACGGGCUCGGCCCAGCGGAUCUCCGUGCGACUGCAGCGAGCCACAGCCAGCCAGGCCACGCAGACCGAGCCCCUGUGGCCAGAGCACACCUGGGGGGCCACGGACAGGGGCUCCCACACCUUCCCCAAGAUGAGGUACAGACCACACAGGAAGGCUUCCAAGAGCAAAGGUUUUGCGCACUGGGAGAAUGAAGCCCAGGGGCAGCCAAGGGGCCGGCGGGAUUCCCAGGAGCAGACGGACGGACCUGCAGAGGUGGUGCAGAAUGGGACGACACCUCGCAGACAGAAGGACAGCUGACUUGGUGAUUCCAAGGGCCAGACCCAGGGCUUCAGGAGGCCCACGAGAGACCGCCUCAGGAAGCUCUCCUUAUUCAGGGAAGUACUUGGCUGCUUAAGGCCUCCGUUUGGGAACCUGGAGUAGGUCUGACCUACACAGGCAUGUCUUCAUUGGACCACACAUCCAAUACUGACGCUGAAUGCCCAACUAGUCCCUUUCCCAGUGGUGAGAGUUCACAUAAUAAUUUGAAUAAUAAUUGACUGGUUUUCAUAGAAACUCAGAGCCCUGCGCAAGCACAUGCAUGCCAUGAGAGGCUGAAGGGGAGGGAGGUGUCGGUGGAACUGAACUUGCUCUCUGGUGGAGUACAGACACUCCUCAUUACUCCCCAGAUCCUGGACUAGCUAUGGCGGACUUUGGUUAGUUUGAGCUCAAAAUGGGCUCAACGUUGUUUGACUGACUGAACGUAAAUGAAUGGGUGUCCACCCAUGCCUGUAUGCAUGUCCAAGCAUGUGCUUGCCUACUAUUUAUUUGUUUCUGUGUUGCAUAUACAGGUGUAUGAUCUUAAUGUGUUCGUUCUUUUGUCGUUGAGAAUUUCCCUUCAUUGUAGAAAAUGCUGAUGAAUGACCAGUGGAAAUAAACUUUUCUUGUAACAUUAUUUGACUAGGUAAUAGCCUAACCACCAAUUAAACAGCAUUACUAGGAUCAUUUACCUGUGUGUGUUAUCUACUGUCAAUCUGCAGAAAACUGUGCGAAGUGAGAAUGUGUUUCGAGUUGGGAGAAUGGAGAUAUAAAGUAAUAGAUAGUUAAAGAUAAAGGUAAAGUGAAUAUGAGGGAAGCAGAGGCAGGUACAUUGUUUCUAAGGGGACUGGACUCCAAGUGGCACCAACCCUAAUGUAACAUGACUACUGAUGAUCGUUUAUGUGCCAGUUUUACAGUAUAUCUUACUCUGGAAUCUUUAAAUGGUACUCGCUGUGUUAGCAUGAGAUAAAGAACAAUACAACCACUGAGUUGUUUUAAGAAUCACAAAAUAGUUGUGUCAUUUAGUCAAGAAAGCUUUUUUUAGUUUUUAGCCUUAUUAUUUUUAAAGGGAUUUAAACUCAUAUGUAUUCUAUUUCCAAGCAUUGAAGGUUAACAGGUAGUAACUAACAUGAAAUGAAUCCCUGUCUCAGGCAAAAAAAGAAUUUUUCUUGUGUUAUAGUGAAACAUAAAUUCUGUUCUUAAGUUUGACUGCUUGUAGCAAACGUGCUUCAGUUUUGCCACUAAUGGUUCAGCUCUGCCACUGAAGUUAGAGGCACCUCUCAAACGUACCCCAUUGCCAUCUCAACUGAGGGUUUCAAGUGACAGCAAAACACCGGUGUUGUUCCUGAGAGUAACCGUUUUAAUAAGGGUCAGAAGUGUUGUUGUUUUUUCACACUUUCCACACCAAUAGGGAAACCAUUAAGUGACCUUCAACCUUUUUAAUCAGCUGAAGGAUCAAGCCGGUUGCAUUCAGGCAGGGGCAAUGGAAUCUCCACUAAGCCCUUUGUCGGUGGAGCACUGAUUACACACUUACUUACAGUGGCACCAGGUGUGAGCUCAGGUGAUCACUGUGCCAGGUUGCCAGGCAUCAGUUGAGUGAACAGGUCAGUUCCUCCAUCGCCAAGGAUACAGCAGGUUACGUAAGAGGAGGGAGUUUAUUUUAAUCUGCAGAGAGACUGUGUGCAGGCCCUUCAGGGCUGGGAGAAAUAGGUAUGUGCAGGUGGUUUUGACAUGAAGAUCUCAGGAAAGACAAUUGGGUCUGACCUUGUGUUUGAUACAGUAAGACGGAGACAAGAACAGGGCUGCAGUGAUGGAGCACUCUGUGUCGAGGGACGAGUAUUAGAAGAAUAUUGUGCGUAGUAAAAAGAGAUAUCCAAGGCUUCAUACAUAAGAAUUUAAGGCAAUUAUUCAAUGCUUAGUGAUUGACUCAAGAGUCCAAGCACAACUGGUAGUUCACAACAAGGAGUGGCUAACUAGGGGUGGCAUGUAAUAUGGCAUAAUAUGUUGUUACCCAAGGUCUGAAAGCCACUGUCCUCACACCUGACUAAAAUCAAGGACAGCAGACAGUUGUGAUGCCACAGAUGUUCUUUCAGUGUGGUCGACUGAGCUGCGUUUAGAGUAAAUUAGUUUGUGUGAGUUCUCAUUGAUUUUGGUGCCAUAUUUGACAUAGUAGCACUACUGGGGAUGUCAUGGUUAAGGAUUUGAGAAGAUCCACUUGCAUGCAUAAUGUUACACUAAUGAAGGCCAAUACUGUAUUGACUUACAGUUGUUACGGAUCUUGGCAUCUACCGACUAAAGGUUCUGAGUUAUCAUGUUUAUAAGGGAUUUUAAGGCACUGGCCACUUCAAUUCUGCAACUGCUUAUGUUUUUGUAUUCAGAAAACAUUCCAACAACUACUUUAUUUUAGUCAAAUUAUUGUCAACAAUACUGAUGACAUUAUUAUCAACAUUAUUAUUAUUAUUAUUAACUGGUCUACUUGAGAAAAGUGUUGGUAUCUCACUUGAUUGUACGUUUGCCUUCAAUAUGUUUUCAUACUGUCUAUUUGUAUUGUUUAUGGAGAGCAUUCUGUAGCAUUUUUUAUUUUGUCAUUGUGUGCCAAUUCUAUUGUAUUUGUUGAUGUGUGAUGAAAGAAAACACAAUUUGAUCAUGUAAAUAUAGUAUUAACCUAUAGAUCUUUUAGCACCUAGUGCCUAGUGCAGUUCUGAAUCGUCAAACUUACUGAACUUUCCCACUCUGUAAACUAUCUCACUCAGACCUAAGAAGUUCAUCCUGUAACUAAUCAUAAGUCAGAGUUUGUUUUUACGGUUGUGUAUUUGUGAAACGGUUAAAUAAUCUCUUCUGACCAAGUAGUCAGUAGACAUAGUCUAUUUAUGUUAAUGUGGGGAAAGUAAAACCAAUAAAAAACUGAGUCCAACAUCAAAUAUCAGUCCCAAUAUAAAAUGCAUUAUUUAAGGUAUACACCAUCAUGACCUGAAUACUGGAUUAUGAAUGUACAUUUACCCACCAAAUCGCAAGUAUUUUAUCAAUGGACAUAUCUCUCUCUGCAACAUAUCGGGCUAGAUCCAAAUAUUCAUAUUAUCAUGAACAAUGUCUAUCAUUUAUGUUUUAAAACAAGGUAUUAAUUAAGAUUAUUUUUGGUUGAUUUGCAAAUACUGUCUUGUCUCGCAUGUGCGUGUUAUCGCGAAAUGUCAUAACCCUCAAGUGCUAAGAAGUCUGUUUCUCCAAUAUGUGGUGUUUUCUGUCGACCCUAACACUGUAAACGGACAAAUAAAAAAUGAUACUCCUGUUUGUCAUUCA